GAAACUCACACCAGCCAGGAGAAGAUUAUUAUCCGUGUCCAAAAAUAACACUUCUCUCAUCCCCCUCUUCCAGCGACCCUGGAAACUUCAGUGGUUUUCUUCUUUUCUGAUUUCCAAUUCUGCUGCCUACCUGCUGCCCCAUGAAGGCUGGAGUAGCCGCCCUCGCAGCCGGGAUCCUCGGCGGCACCGGCGUGUUGCUCUUUCUCAUCGCUUUCGGGACAGAUUACUGGCUUCUAGCUACGGAGACCUGUGGCGUCUUCGAGCGUAGGAAUAGCACUCUGCAGACCGGGGAGGCUGAAACGCCGACAGAGGUCAGGAAGGAGAUCCUCACUUUCCAUCACGAGGGCUUCUUCUGGCGGUGCUGGUUCUUUGGCGAGGGCCACCUGGAGACCAUCUGGACCUUCUGGUACACCAGCCAAGCACACCCCAAGUUCUGCAUGCAUGGCUACCUCUUUCCCAUGCCCAUUGCUCUCGGACCUUUCCCCCAUCCUUCCUACGACACGACCGCAGUGUACAGAGGCUUCUGGACGGCGUUCAUCAUGCUGGCCGUCGCCGCCGGGCUGGUGGGAGGGCUGCUGCUGGUGUGCGGCGUGCCCUUCGUCAGCCCCCGGUCCUACAAAGUCGGAGGUGGAUUCCUCCUUGCUUCGGAUGUGACCGAGCUCUUCCUGCAAACGCUGACCUUCGAUGGGUAUGCAUCUGGAAAUACGAGAUCGCGAGGUCUCACGGGAGAUCUGCUAUUUGGGUCACAGGCAUCCUGCGAGGCUUGGGAGGCUCCAAGGAGAGCGGACCCUCUCUACGUGAGAUGCUGACCUUGCACUCACUGCUCAGGCUUGAGUGUGGCCUCAGCCCUCCUCCCGUCUGGCUCCAGGGGAGGGCAACGGAGGUCUCACUUGCCAAUAAAAAGACUUUCUAGCCUCAUGGUAUGAGCUGUUUAUUAUUCUUUUUAUUAUUCUGUUAUUUAGUAGCCCAUCUGAGAUUAAUAUCUCACGGCUACAUGCCUUUUCCACUCUACUAUGUGUUAUUUCUCUGCAAAAUAGGAUCAUCUAUACUCCUUGCCGUGUUUUAAUACUUGGUUGCAAAGCUCAGCUUAAGGAAGGGUAACACAAGAUGUGAAGGGGAGCUGCCACGAGCGGCAAGCAGCCGCUCGGUGCCUGCGUGGGCUCUGCUUGCGCCGGUGCUGGGUGUAGCAGGUUCGAUGCCAGAUAAUGCUUGCCAUCAGCAGGACUGAUCCCCGUAUCUUUGCAUUUCUGGUGGAAAUUGGAUCUGACACUACUUGGAAGGGUAGAUAAAAAAAAGGAAAAAGUAAGUCUCAGUCUCACCUUCUCACUCAUCUCAGACAAAUUAAAAAUAAAAAAGGCAAAACAACCCACCUUUAGGGCUGGAAUGCAGAGAUAGCCUCAUGCAGAUCCCUGCUGCGAACAUCAGCCAUGUCAUGAUGGUUUCUCCAUGGCCGUAUCCAGCUGUAAUGGAGCCCUCUAGCACCAGCGGCUAAAGCACGAGGCGUCAGUGUGCCUGCGGCUGGGCGGGAGCUGGUCGCGGCGGUGUGGGUCUCUCCCAUGGCGAGUGGGUUGGGCUUUCACAGGAACCUGCAGAGCAAUGCCAUGAAUAAUAAUUCUGCAACGCUAAGCUUUGAUGCAAAGAACCUGCAAGAAUAAAUGGAAAUGUGUUGCGAUCUUUUCUCAGUUUUAUUUCUGUGUUUCAUAUGCUGGUUGUAAGC